AUGCAUUGAGCUUCACCCAGCCAGCUCAUGCUGGGACGCCAGCUGAGCGAGUUUGUGAGGUCUGGAGCGGUGAGCAACACCUUUGGUUGGCGCUGUGCUCAGGGAAUUGCUCCUUGAAGCUCUCAGUACUGGCCCCAACACGGAUUUUUCCCUGGCCCUGCCCAGGCAGGCAGGGCACCCAGGGGGCAGGCUCACAGCCAUAGAGCUGAGCUGGGUGGGUACAGCUCACCCUGGGGCCCUUGGAGGGUUUCUUCCUUGAGGAACCUGGGCAUUUCUUCCACCACUCCUUGGGUCAGCUGUGGCAGUGGCAGUGAGAGAGCUGGACAUCCCCAGCUUCACCCAGCCUAGCCCAGUGAGUGGAGAGCAUGGCCAUGGAGCUGGAAAACCGCUGCCCCAUCUGCCUGGACAUCUGUGAGGAGCCAAGCUAUGUGCUGCCAUGCCUCCACCAGUUCUGCUACCCCUGCAUUCAGCGGUGGGCUGAGAGCAAGCCCGAGUGCCCCCUCUGCAAGAGGAGGAUCCUCUCCAUUGUGCACUUGGUGCGGGCGGAUGACAACUUUGAAGAAUAUGUCCUCCCAUCACCUGCAGCACCAUCAGUUGUUGGCCACCAGGAAGGAGGUCCUUCUGGAUAUCCAGCUGCCCAGAGACCUGCAGCAGUAGCACAACAGUAUGUAGAGAACCAGCUGUCAAGGGCUCUUCCGGGUGGCCUUGAACCACGCACCUGGGCAGUUGUUUUCAGGGACCACCCACCUCUCCUCCAGUCCCUGCAGCCCGGGGUGCGUCAGGAGCUGCAGAUGAUCUUUGGGAACCAGCAUGCACGGGCAUCCAUACUGGAGGACAUUGUAAUGUCCAUCCUGGGCCUCUUUGGGCUGAAUGAAGAAUUCCUGGUCCAGCUGCUGGAGCCCUUCCUCCAAACCCAUGAAGCCACAUUUGUGCAGCAGCUAAUUGAUGUUGCUGUGCAACAGUGCAGUGUGGAAGCCCAACGUCUGCUGGGCCUGGAGGACGACCACACUGCUGAGGAGCAGGAGGGCAGCCCAAGAGCUGCCCCCAGCCCCUCUAGCUCCCAAGGACAGUCUCCCACACGUGGCCCAGCCCCCUCCGGCAGCCCUGCUGGAGCUGACGAAGAGGAGCACCCAUGCCCCAGCAUCUCAACUGCUGCUCUUUGUGGGGGUCCCAGCAGCACCCCCAGUGCCCCUAUUCCCAGCAAUGGGGAGCAGGAAGAGCUGCAUGAGGAUCUGGGGGAGGCUGUGGCGGUAACCUCCACUCCCAGCUGGGACAGAGACCGCUCACCUCAGGGACCAUGGCGAGCCCUGAAGAGGAAGGCUGGCAGCUCCCAGGAAUCUUCCAAGCUCAACAAGACAAAACGUCGCCAGCAGCCCUAGAAGAACACCUCAGGCAAUGUUGAAAUUCUGGCCAGGGCAGUAGCUAGGGUAUGAGCUGGCCCACAAGACAAUCAGAAAGCUCUCAGUAGUCUAUAGCUAUCAAAGAAAUCAA